GGACGACUUACUCUCGUCUGCCCCACCACUCUCACUGUUAACCUCCUCGAGAAGUCCUCCUGCACCGAGAAGAGCAUUCUCGCUGUAGGGCCUCUCGUGGUGACCCGCGCACCCCCAUCUUUGAGGGGUGUUCCCCCCUCCCCCCUCCUGCCCUCUGUCGCCUCUGCUGCUACGGCCGACCUAGUUGGUUUUGAGUCGGUCGGUGCGGCGUCUGCCCCCAGUGGGAGACGUCGCUCUGGCAAGGGCAAAGGGGGCUGGAGCGGUGGUGGAGGCGGCGGGGGCGGUGGGAGCGGCGGUGGAGGCAGCGGAGGAGGUGGGGGUGGUAGCGGGAGUGGUGUCGGGGUGGAGGUGUCAGCGGCGGCAGUGGAGGCGGGGUGGGCAGCGGCGGUGGUGGUGGGAGUGGAGGCGGAGGCGGCGGUGGCGGCAGCGACGGUGGGAGUGGCGGUGGCAGCGGAGGUGGUGGCGGCGCGGCGGAGGAGGCGGCGGAGAAGGUCGUGGCUCUUCGCAGAGGAGUGGCUCCGGUGGCGGUCAGCGCCAACAGCAGCGGCAGCAGCGUGUCAGGAGACCCUCUCCCCGCAGCAGCUCCGUGAGUGGUACGCUGCACGUCAGAGGGGUGGGGGUACUGGUCCGUGCACCUACGUCUUGCGCACGGGCGACCGUGCGGGAGUAGCUAUCUUUGAUCUUGACUUUGAUGCUAUUCUUGCUGCCAUGUAUGCUGUGACUAUUAGUGAGGAGGGUGACUGUUACCGGUGUUUCCCGCCCGACCCGGGCAUUGGUACUGCGGCUCUAGGUGCUGUUGAGGCUGCUGCUCCAGGUGCUGGUGAGGCUGUCGCUCUAGGUGCCAGGGCGUCUCGCUCCUUCUUUCGAGACCGCACCACACUCACGCCGCUUAGUCGGCCAGUGGCGGUCUCCCUGGCGGACCCCUCUGGGGGUCCUGUUCUGGCUCGCUACUCCACUGUCCUGCCGUGCCCUGCGGUCCCGUCUGGCGCCCUGUCCGUCUCUACCUCCCCUCGUUCUCUACGAACUUGGUGGCGGGUGCUGACCUACAGGAUGCAGGGGUCGACCAGUUCACCCGCACGCCGACGGGACACCCACUGCCCGGACGCGGACAACGGGUCGACACUUGACCACGUUCACACGUGGGCCGGGGUCGAGCCUGUACACACUCACUGUUCCGUCUCCUCCUCCUGCGUCUGGUCAGUAGCUGCGUCGGGUCAGGUGUUUGCUGCAGCGUCCAGGAUGGGUCACCCCUCCCUGCCUCGUCUCCGGGGCAUGGCCUUCUCGCCUUCUUGUCUCUGGCCUUCCCCGGUCCCUCCCUCCCCUUCCUCCGGGGCCUGGCCUCCUUGUGUCCCCUGUGUCGAGGGUCGCCUGCGGGCUACCCCUCACUCCUCCCCGUUUCCUCCGACGGAGGCCCCGAUGCAGACGCUUCACAUGGACGUGUGGGCCCAGCCCGCGUCCGUGGACAGGGUUGGCGAUGCGUCGGCGUUCCGUGUCUGGGGAUCUCGGGCGUUUGUCCGCGACUUGUCUGCGGACAAGCUGUCCCCUCGUGCUGCUCCUUGCGUCUUCCUGGGUUUCCCCCCUGACGCACUCGGUGGCAGUUUUACCACCCACCUCUCGUCGUGUUCUGUCCCCCAGGACGUCACGUUCGACGAGUCGGUUCCCUCUACUACCGGCUCUUCCCCUACCGCACUCCGUGUGUCUCAGGUAGACGCGGUCGAGCCUGUCGAGGUCACUGGUGACUCUGGUGCUGCUGCGGGUGCGGAGCCUCGGGUGCUGAGACUGGGGGUGCUGAGACUGGGGGUACUGAGCCUGGGGGUGCUGAGACUGGGGGUGCUGAGCCUGGGGGUGCUGAGCCUGGGGCCUGGGGGUUCUGCGUCUGGGAGUGCUGCGCUUGCUGCUUCUGUUCCUGGUGGUUCUCUGACCGUUCUUCGCGCCGCGAGCCGCUCUCAUCCUCUGGAGCUGCGUUGUGGUUUGCCCGGCGCUGGAGGCGAGCUGCUGGAGCUGGGGGUACUGCGGGUGCUGGAGGUUCCGUUCUGCCGAGGGAGCUGGUACCACGGGUCCCGGAGGUGCCGUACUGAGGGUACUAGAGCUGCCGGGCCCGGGGGUGCCUCUGGAGCUGGAGCUGCUGCGGGUGCUGGCGCUGAGACUACGACUGUCGGUCCUACUGCGGGUACUUCUGCAGCUGCUGGUGGUGCUGGAGUUGGAGCUGCUACUGGUGCUGGUGCUGCCUCUGGAGGUGUUGGUCCUGUCCCUGCUGUCUCUGGCGGUGCUGCGCGGCCUCGGCCGUACUUCGUUCCGCUCCUUCAGCAGGUUCUUGGUCUCCCGCCUUCCACUGGUCCUUCUCCUCCCGUAGAGUGUCCACAGCCUGUCCCGUCACAGUCACAGUUACAGCCCGCCUCUCUCCUGCCUUCUCCUUCUCCCUACGCUGGUCCUACUGGAGGUCUUGCUGAGCGUCGUGAGCCUGCGUCCCGCCCUGCGUCGCCAGUCCGAGCUGCUCGCUCUAGUGGUCGCGGUUCCUCUUCUCUUCCUACACUUGCCGACCCGGAGUCGGACUCUCGCCGUGCUGCCAGUCCUACUGUCACGCGUCUUCUUGCUUCUCUUGUCACUGACCCUUCCUUUGAGUCCGCUGCUGCGUCUGCCCUAGUUGCUGAGCUGGUCGACUUUGCUGCUGCGUGUCGUCUGGACUACGCUGCCAGUCUUGUUGCUGAGUCUGCUGAGUCUGCUGAGUCUGCGUCUGCUGCGUCUGCGUCUGCCUGUCUCCGCGAUGGCCGGUCCCCUACUCAUCUCAGUGGCAGUCAGCCAUGGGACGCAGAGAUGGCUUCCUGGAAGUCCACAGGUACCUACGUUGACGCUGUUACCCCUCCUGGGGCGAACAUUGUCAGUGGCAUGUGGAUCUUCAGGGUGAAGCGGCCGCCGGGUUCUCCGCCUGUCUUCAAGGCGCGCUACGGGCUCGUGGCUUCACGUGACUACGAGCUACACUCUCUGACUUCAUUCAGCACUGCUUUCCUGCAGGGCCGCCUGCACGAGGAGAUCUGGCUGCGCCGCCCUCCUGGCUUCACUGGGUCGUUCCCUCCUGGUACCCAGUGGAGCCUCCAGCCUCCGCGGCCAGUCUACGGUCUCCGCCAGGCGCCGCGUGAGUGGCACGACACACUGAGGACUACACUUGCGGCUCUUGGUUUGCUCCUUCUACUGCUGACCCGUCGCUGUUUCUGCGCACCGACACCUCGCCCCGCCUUCUACAUCCUCGUGUACGUCGACGACUUGGUCUUUGCCACUGCGGACACUGCCGCACUCGCCCACUGA